AUGGUGGACUGUGGUGUCGAUAUUUACCAACUUCCUGUUGUUCCUAGGGCAUGUAGAUCACCCAGAGGACGCAGGCUAAAAAUUAUGAGAAAACAAAGAUCGGAGUUCGAGGUUUUAGCCCAAGUGGCUGGAAGAUUCUCAGGUGAGCGUAAAAACCGAAUUGUUAUCGGCUCGUUGGCUCACGAAACAAAGGAGACGAAGGACGAUAAUGUCGUCGUCAAUAACUUCUUGGAGACAAUGGAAGUUGAGGUUAAGCCGCAACCUGGUCUGGAGAACCUUUCUCAGGUGUUAUUGUCUAAGGACUGGUUAGCUCUUGGCCCUUCCAUGCCUAACUCGCCAAUCACACAAGAAGAAAACUUUGAUUCACGUUCCAAGAUCGAUAGUAAAAGAAAGGUGAGUCACUUAAAAGAGCGAGGUUCGUGUAUUAGCCAAGAAUCGCAGAAUAUGUAUCCUUUGAAGAAACGAAAGCUGUUUUACCAAAAUCAUUCAUCUGAAUCACAUGAUACUCCAUGUACCGUGAAAUUCGGUAUUAAGUCGUUGAAUAUCUCGGAGCUAUUGGUAGACGUUCCCGAAUCAGCCACGGUUGGCUCACUGAAACUAGCGGUAUUGGAGGCGGUAACGCAGAUUCUCAAGGGUGGAUUAAACAUUGGAGUGCUCUUUCAAGGUAAAACCAUCGUUGAUGACUCCAAAACGCUUCUUCAGAUUGGGAUCCCAUACGAUGAUGACGAUGACGAAAACCUCGGUUCUUUGGGAUUCAUGCUAGAACCGCAAAAAUCAGAAACAACAACAAUAACAACGUUAACCACUGUUUCCCCGAGAACACGACUUAGACAAAAUCAGGUCCUAGGGUCCGUGGAUAGCACUGAGGCAGUAGCAGCUAAAUCCGUGGUUCCAGUACGUAUGAAACCGGCCUGGCAGCCAGAGAUGGUUCAACGGAGAAUAAGACGGCCAUUCACUGUCUCAGAAGUAGAAGCUUUGGUUCAGGCCGUAGAGAGGCUCGGCACCGGAAGGUGGCGCGACGUGAAGUCUCAUGCAUUUAACCAUGUAAAUCAUCGUACCUACGUUGACCUCAAGGAUAAAUGGAAAACGUUGGUUCACACGGCAAAGAUAUCAGCAAGGCAAAGGAGAGGCGAACCUGUGCCUCAAGACCUUCUUGAUAGGGUUUUAGCUGCUCAUGCUUUCUGGUCUGACCGGACCGGAUGA